UAUAGUGUUGGGUAAAAGAUUACUUACUCUCAUCUAGUGUUGGGUAAAAGAUUACUUACUCUCAUCUAGUGUUGGGUAAAAGAUUACUUACGCACUCUCAGCACAUCGGAGUUGAAGUUUGAUGGGCAAAAAUGCAACAAGAAGAGGCUAAUUACAUGUACCCCAGUACUUCUACGGAGAGGCAGGAUUUUGACUUUGAUGCCGUUUGGGACGGAAUAGUGAAAAAUGUUUACAAAUCUGACGUCAUCACUCCUACAAUGGUGUUCUCUGUUAUUGGUGAUUCCAACAGUUUCGUCCCAAGUCCAUGGCCAAAGGCAGUGUUUCAAACGGGACUCAUUGAAGCAGCGAAAAAUGGAGGAGAUACCUGGAUCAUUUACCGUGGAAAGAAACAUGGAUUGUCGAAAAUUAUCCGGGACGCCUACCGCGAUUACGGAAAUAUGGAGUUCGGUAUCAAAAACAAGGAAAAACACCUAAAUAAUGAGGAACGGCACGUGAAGCUAAUCAGCGUUACGGGAACACAAACCAGAGAUGGACUUGCUCCAGAGCAUUCCCUCUGCCUUAUGAAUGAGGUAGAGGAACCGACGGUCAUUGUUGUUUCUGAUGAGCAAAUCGGAGACGAUGCGCAGUCUAAACUGGUUUACAGCAUACAGUUGCCUGAUGUGGAAAAAAAUAUGCUCGUGUUUGAAAAAUUUGUUUCGACCAAAGAAGGCACCUUUUUCAGUCAAAACAAGGAUUUUAGAAUCAGGGUGCCUGUGCCAGUUGCAAUUAUAGUGUGUGAGGGAGACAUUCUCACAAUUGCACACGUAGAGGGAGCCUUGGAAAUGAAGCUACCAGUGAUCGUAGUGAAAGGAUCUGGGAAAGCCGCAGACCUGAUCGUGGAUUACUUAGAGGAUCAAAACUCGCUGAAGAGAAAAGCAAGCUUACUAUUUGGAAUACGAUUUGAUGACCAAAACUUCAAAACACUGGAGCAAUACCUUAGCAAAAUAAAAGAGAAAGAGGAAUUGUUAAGCUUUUUUGAUGUAAACAACGAUGAUCCUCUGAUGUUUUCAAACGUUGUGGGCGAGGCCAUUGUUAGCUGUUGGGCCAUAGAGAAGAUUCUAGGAAACAAGGAAGAAAACUCCGGAGUGGGGAGUGUUUACACCAAAGGACCUCCUCAAUAUAACGUUAAUAGCACAUUUUCUAUUGGAUUCACGAAGCUAAACCAGGAUUCCGUCACUCCGCAAACAAAGCAGAUGACCCAGGUUCUUAACGAAUAUAAAGAAUCCAGAACGUAUGUCAUACAAUCGACCUUCUCAACGCCAUCUUCAUUGCCUCUGUACUUUUAUUUUGGUUACCAGUUAUUGCAGGAGUCCAAUCUACUGCAGAGUUGUGGACAUAUACUUUUAUUAGAGGCACUGAAAUCCAACAGAUGUGACUAUGUGAGAGUACUUCUGGACCAAGACGUAAAACUGAAUAUGAACGAUUUACCCGAAUUGUAUGAAUCUACAGUAUCCUGUAAGGAUUGUCAAUUCAAACAUCAGGAUUGUUUGCAUAUGCAGUGGAUUUUGAAGCAAAUUCAAGAAAAAUUUGCAAAGAAGAUCUUCUACAAAAAUAGAUCGAUAAAAGAGAAACUAAGGAAAGCUGAAAACGAAAAAGAUGAGAAUGACCUGGAAAAAUACCGGAAGAAAUGCAAGAAGAAGAUUGGUGAACUUGGAGCAAAAGUAGUCACAUCCGCCAGAGGAUUAUGUCGAAAACUGCUGAAGUAUAAGGGUGAAGACAAAAUCUCAAAACCGAAGAAAGACUCCGAAGGGAAUCUGGAAGUUAAGGAUACCGAUGUAUCAGAUAUCCUUCUUUGGGCAUUGUUCGCCAACAGAAAGGACUUGGCAGAAAUUUGUUGGCUGAGAAGUAAAGACCACUUAUUGACCGGGCUAGUUUCCUCUGCUAUUCUCAAGAAAUUAUCAAAGAAAGCAAAUAAUGUGAAAGAACAAAUUCUGUCCAGGGAUUUGGAAAACCAUUCCAUGUUAUUUCAAAAACGCUGCUUAGAUUUAAUGGAUAGAAUGUAUGAGGAGAAUACGAAUGACGCCAUUGACCUGAUGGAUGAUGAAACAGAAGUGUGGGGAAUUCAUUCCAGUCCGCUGACGUUCGCCUAUGAAAACUUCAUGUAUGACAUUGUUGCUCAUACCUGUUCCCAGAAAAACAUGAAUAAAGUAUGGUACAACAACUUGGCUCCAGACACAUGGCCAUUCAUAUGCUCUGUCGGAAGAAAACCAAGGAAGUUUUUCACUGCACCAUUAACAAAAUACAUCUACAAUUUUGUGAUGUUCUUCAGUAUGCUGAUGAUGUACAGUGCCUUUGUAUUGACAAGUGUUAGUACGCAGUAUUACGACAGAUUCCUAGCGAGAUUUCUGGAGUAUUACGUCUAUUUCUGGGGAGCUGGAGACUUGAUAGAAGAGCUCAUUAGUUGUUUUGGUGGUUUAGAAUUCAAAUCCUAUCGUGGUUUAAAAUCUAGGAUAAAACGGCAUAUAUACGACUUUUGGAACAUUGUCGAUCUUAUUUCCUAUGUUUUGCUCAUUGCUGCAUUGUUUGUGCGUCAUUUCUACCUAUCAACAUCGUUCACUAUAGCCAGAAGGAUGUUUUCUCUAUCGCUGUUGGCCAUGUACCUGCGUUUUCUGGAAGUGUUCCUCAUCAACAGACAUAUGGGACCAACUCUUAUAAUGAUAAAAGAAAUGUUGAAGGAUUUGCUGAGAUUCUUGGUUUUGGCAGUUUUUGUUGUGUUAGGAGUAGGGAUGUAUUAUCAUGCCAACUUGUGGCCGGAUCAUCAGACAAUUUGGGAUGGAUACUGGACUGAAUGGAGAAUCUGGAGAAUUAUUUAUUAUCCUUAUUGGCAACUUUAUGGAGAAGCCUACAAUGAGUUUCUGGAAGGAAAAGAACUAUCAGACUGUUCAAAUGUGACAUCAGUCUGGCAGAAUGAUCCUUCCAUAGAGCGUUGUCCUCAAGAAGACUGGACAGUGUCAGCCAUUUCAGCAAUUUACAUGUUGUUUUCCAACCUCCUCCUGGUCAACCUCGUUAUUGCCAUGUUCAGUUACACGUUCGAACGAGUACAGGAAAAUUCAGAGAGAUUGUGGCGGUUUCAGAGAUACACCGUCAUCAUCGACUAUCAAUGGAGGAUUCCUUCCCCAAUCAAUCUUCUAUUCCUCCCCUAUCGCUUUUAUAUCUACGUAAAGAAAUAUAGAGAAUCUUGCAGCCGCAAUCAAGUUGGAGAGGGAAACAAAGGAGAUGAUCCUCGUGAUGGUGCCGUUGCAUACAGAAUUGAUUUUCAGAAAAUCAUAGCCUUCAGGAUAUGUAACAAGAUGUAGACACUGACAAUGAAACAUGUUUCUCGGAAGGUUUUUUGAACGAAAAUUUAAGUUUAAUUGAGAAGAAAAGAUGAAUUCGAGAUCAUAAUAGACAUUACAAAACAAAGUUUGACUUGAUAAAAUUGUGAUUUUUUAUCGUGGUAGGAAGUCAUAUCCCUAGGGUUCAUUUAUAGCGAGAGCACUGGGGAUGUAUCGUUAGUGUAAUAUUGAAUCAUGACUGAUAUGUUGAUAUGUAAAACUUAUACGGUACCAAUAUUUCGACAAAUAAUGUCUCUUCAGUGAUGCUCAAGCCAAAAGUUUGGAAAUCCGAAAUAACAGUAAACUUGUAAGAGCGAAAAGGAAAAACAGAGUGCCAAUGAUCUAUUAUAUGUAUUGUGUAGUAACUAUUUUGGUUAGGAGUUAUUCAGCGUGCAUUUGUUUUCAUUUGUUGAUGUGUGUGUUUUAUUCAUUUAUUUCAUUAUUUGUGGUUAUUUUGCUAUAUAAAACAACGAGUUGCAGGUUAUACAUGUAUCGUUGGAAUAAAAAUAAUUUGUCUUGUU